GGGUAGGUUCCCUCCCAAGUAAUGAUUAGCCUAUCAGCAGUUAAUGCUGGUCUAUUUAAAGAUUGCGUUUAUGCCACCUGGAGAUGCGUCACUGGUUACUCCGCCCUUUUGUGUGUGCGCGCGAGUGGUUUUCCGUCAAAGGUAUGUUUGGCUAAAGAGGCUAAUGUUGCAGUGUUUUUCUGGCAUCUUUGUAAAUCAGUUGUUUUUAUAGCUGGAAUAACACGUUGAGGCAUCGCGCUGUGAGGUAUCAUUCAGGCGUGUAAGCUGUGGUGGCAUAUGCUGUGAGCUACGGUACAAUGUGUGGUUCUGUGAUCAUUAUCUGUCAGUGAUUGCGUUGUGUGUGGGUCUUAUGGGAACCACUGGACGAUUGAUUUGCUGAAUGAGCGCUCUUAAGACAAUACUGCGGUGGCUGGUUGCUGCUUAAAUGCCUUGAGACGGUGCUGCUGUCUUGCUGCUUCUCUGCUUCGCUUCUUUGCUUCGCUCCUCUGCUGGUGGCUCUGCUUUGCUGUGCUCUUUGGCUGCAUUGCUCUGCUGCAUGUGUGGAGAUUUUCCUUUUUUUGUUUUGUUUGUUUUGUUGUUUUAUACCACAGCUGGUGGCUGGAGUAGGACUGCUUCAAUCUAUUCCUUGCCGCAUGUGUGACGUGUGCAUGGGCCUCUAGUUACCGCCACUGGCUGUUUGUAAGUGUGUGUGAAAUUGAUUAUUGUCUUCAAAAGUUUAAUAAUUCAUACAAUUGUAUGAAUUAAUUUGUUUUUUUUUCAUUUUGUUUAUGAAUAUUAUGUUGGUUAAAAACUAAUCUCUUUGUUUGAGUUAUUCAGUGAUUUCUUUGACUGAUUACCAACUGUAAGUCCCCCCCCAACAUCUUGGAAAUCACUUUUAUUAUAAUUUGUUUUGUUUAUUCAUUCAUUAAUGGUCUUUUUUUGUUUGUUUCAGGCAGCCAGGCCCCGGGUCGGGAGGCUAGCUUUCUUGCCGUGUGGUGGUGGUGUUUGAGCACGGAGUGUGGUUUGCCGCUUGUAACUGCUUACACUUCACUGUGUGCGUGUGUGUGUGGUUUUGCCUAGGAUAAUUACUCUUUGCUAGCCUGCCCGGCUACGGUAAAGCCUUGGUUGCCUUAAAGUUUGUUUUGUGUGUCUGUGGAAAAUUGACGCAUUGUGGCUUCUAUAGCAAUAUGUUAUAAUUGAUAUUGAAUGUUUUACCCAUUUGUGUGAUUUAAAUAAAAUAUAUUUUUGUACUGCCAUCCACGUCUCUUUGCCCUCCAUGGUAACGAACCUCUGUGCCCUAUUUUUGGGUUGUCAUUGUCCCCUGUAAACAGGGGUGGCGUAGUCUGCUUCUAUUACAUCUUGAGAUUGAGUAUUAAGAGUUUUAAUUAUUCAGUUUCUCCCCACUGCCCCGCCACAAACUGGCGUAGUCGGCAGGGUUCCGUGUUCGGCAGAGACGUGGAUAACGGUGUUUUGUUUUUGUGUUUUUUUUUGUGUGUGUUUGUUUUUGUAUAUUGUUGCAGGAGAGGUAGCAGCAGGACAGCAGCGUGCGUCUUGUGGAUUGAUCCUGGGCUUCAUUGUGGGCCUACUUAUCGGUAAGUGUUAUCAGGGUUAACGUAAUGGAGGAGGAGCUAAAGGAACUGCGGGAAAUGGUGGCUCAACUGCGGGCCGAUAAUGAGAGGCUGCGUCAGGAGCGCGUACCUGCACUACCUAGCUCUAGUGAUGCGUCUCCUGCUGGGCCUGGGCCUUCUGUGGCUACCCCUCAAUUAAAUAGUGAGAGUGCUGCCCUGCCAGAAAGAUUUGUUUUUGUACCACGAGAUCGAAAGUGCCCAAAGUUUGGUGGCAGGGUUGGCAUUGGUAUUGAGGAGUGGGUGGAGGAGGUCCAGGCUUGUAUGCAGGCUCGUCACAUGUCCAUUUCCGAUAAGGCUUUCUUUUUGUUUGAUCAUUUAGAAGGCGAAGCGCGUGAUGAGAUUAAGUACCGCUCAGAUGAUGAACGUAAUGAUCCAGAUAAAAUUAUUGCUGUGUUAAAGGAAUUGUAUGGUUGCUCACAGUCAUAUGUCUCUCUUCAGGAGGCUUUCUUUUCUAGGCGACAACAGGAGGGUGAAUCGCUGUUGGAGUUCUCCCUCGCUUUGAUGGGCCUGCUUGAUAGAGUAAAGCAGCAAUCGCCUUAUGCAAUGCCGAAUUCACAAGUUUUGUUACGCGAUCAGUUUAUAGAGCAUGUUUCUGAUGCCGCUCUUCGUCGCGAACUAAAGCAGUUGAUACGUCGUCAACCUAUGUUAACCCUUUUAGACGUCCGAAGCGAAGCCCUUAGAUGGGAAAGAGAGGGUAUGCCAGGGAGUAUGAGGGCCCGUAGUCAUUCCGUUCCAUCUGCUUAUGGAAUUCAGUAUGGGGUGCACAGUGAAUCCUCCUUAGAGGAUGGUAGGCCCUUACAAAAGACUGAAUUGGGUGAGUUGAGGGAAAUGUUGAAAUUACAGCAGGAACAGCUAAAUAAGCUAACCCAGAGUGUUGCCCUUUUGCAGGCCCCUCCGCCACGCAGUCACCUCUCUUAUAGAGGUCCUAUUAUAUGUAGGAGAUGUCAAAAACCUGGCCACUUUGCUAGAGAAUGUGAAGGGGACCGUGUCUCCCCUCGCCCUCAACCACCUUCGCGUAGUUCGUCAUUAGCUGGGGGUGGGCAGCCUGGCCCAUCUGCGUUGUCGGGAAACUAAUCCCCACCGCGCCGCCGAGCCAAAGCGCGGUUGGGCAAGUGACCGGCUCUAAUUACUUAAGUAACCAGUCAAGUAUGUCUCAUUUAAUGUCGUCUUGUCCACAUCUGAUUGUACAAGUGGGUGGGGUUCCAGUGCCAUGUUUGGUCGAUACUGGCUCCAUGGUAUCUACAAUUACUGAAAGUUGUUUUCGUCAACAUUUUGAACCAUGGGGCCAGGACCGACUUAAGUCAUGCCAGUGGUUGCAGCUGCG